AGUGAUGGUGCGGGAGUGUGCAAGGGCACGGGAGUGUGAAUGAAUGAGUGUGGAUGAGUGUGAAUGAGUGUGAGUGAGCGUGAAUGAGCGUGCGUGAGCGUGAAUGAAUGUGAAUCAGUGUGAAUCAGUGUGAAUGAGCGUGCAGCGGCGCACAAAUACGAAUGCCGGAGGGCACACGCGUGUGCGUGACGGGGUGAUGGGCCAUGGCGCGCACUCACGCGUGCCACAGGCUGUUGUGCUGCCUGGCAUACGCGUGUGCCCGCCCAGGCGCUCGCUGUGCAGCCGCUCCUGCACACGAGUGCACGAACGCACAGUCCUGCCACUUGCAGAAGCUUUUUGGGAGCGGCAGGGAGCUGGAGGAUGAGGAUUUCCUCUCCGCUGUGGAAGAUGCAGAGAACCAGUUUGUGAUCCCCGGGCAUUCCUCAGCCGGCAUCAUCCCGGUUCCUCCCAGUGAACCCCAUCCCAGUGAACCCCAUCCCAGUAAAGCCCAUCCCAGUAAAGCCCAUCCCAGUAAAGCCCAUCCCAGUAAAGCCCCCGCCCUCCGGCCCCUCUCUGGGCAGGGUGAGCGGCCCGAGGGGUUGCAGGGACCCCCAUGCUGGGGAGCAGCACCCCAGGAUGAGCUGGACAAUGAGCUUUUCCUGGCCGCCUGCAGGGAGCUGGAGGCUCCCGAGGUGCCGGUGGUGGCCGGUGCUGCCCCGGUGCCGCCGUGGAAGUGCCCAGGGAAGGAGAACGCUCAGGAAUGUGGGAUCCCCAAAAAGCUCAGGGUGGGAGAGGAGCCGGUCCCCGGCUCCAGGGGGCUGCAGGACAGGCAGGGCCCCCUCCCCAGUCCCAGACUGGUGCUGCGGCCCAGCGCGGCCGGUGCCUGCGCCCCCAGACCCUCCCCUUCCUCGGGAGAGCCGGGGAGCGCCGGGGGCUCCAUCCCUGCUCCAAAGGCUCCGUACAUGAGGCCUGCCCAAGCACCCCGAGCAGGGAGCAGCUCCUCGGUGCCCUGGACCCCCCCAGCACAGAGCAGCCCCCAGCCCCAGCUGCCCCCCAGACCCCCCUCAGGCCCCCCCAGCUCCGUGGAGCCUCCGAGGCCUCCGCUCCAGCAGCCCCCCGGCUUCCCGAACCCCCCCGUGGCUCCCAACGCUCCCGGCCCCCCAAAGCCCCCGGUGGUCACCAACCACCUGGUGCAGCUGGUGACAGCGGCCAGCAAAGCCCCCGGGGGACCCCCGCGAGCCCCCCCACGCAGGGAGAGCCGGCGCUUCCCGGGGCCAGCCGGGAUCCUGCCCCAGCAGCACUCUGGGAAGCUGCUGGAGGAGAUCCUGGUGUCUGCUCCCCAAACUCCGGCUCACGGGGCUGUGGCGAAGCCGCGGGCUCAGGCACUGCCCAGCUCCCCGCUGCCCACGGAGGAGGAUUUCGGGAAGGGGCCCUGGCUGGCCAUGAAGACAGAGCUGGGGCUGGAUGAGAGAGAUCCCAGCUGCUUCCUCCACACCUACAGCGUGGUCAUGGUGCUCCGCAAGGCAGCCCUGAAGCAGCUCCCAAAAAACAAGGUCCCCAGCAUGGCUGUGAUGAUCAAGACCCUGACCAGGAGCAGCGCCGGCGCUGGCGCCGUGUUCCGGGACCCCACGGGGGAGAUGCAGGGCACGGUGCACCAGCUGCUGCUGGAGCAGAGGCAGAGCGAGCUCCGGGCCGGCUCCGUGCUGCUCCUGAGGCAGGUCGGGGUCUUCUCCCCCUCCCACCGCAACCACUACCUCAACGUGACCCCCACCAACCUCCUCCGCAUCUUCCCGCCUGAGCCCGAGGGCUGCUCCCCCCGGCAGGUCCCUGCCCAGGCUGAGCUGAUUCAGGACCCCCCUGCGCAGCCCCCUCAGGGUGUCCCUGUUCCUGAGGAUUGGGGACAGUCGAGGACAAGUGGGCACAGCGCAGAGCAGCAUCCUGGGGGCUCCUCCCUGUGCCCACUGAGCUCUGGUCCCAGCUGGGAAGAGCCGGUGGGAGCUGAUGGAUGUGACACGGAUGACCUGGACGGGCUCCUGGGGGAGCUGCCCGAGGAUUUCUUCUCAGCCCCGGCUCAGGUUGACUGCGGCUGAGCCCAGCGGCUGCUGUGAGGGUGACGGUGCUGGGGAGCAGGUGACACCCCUGCCACCCUCCUGCUCCUGUCUCUGCGUGUCUGUGCUGUUUGUUGUGGAGCUGAGAGCUGGGGAGACCCGGGGGGGACUCAGCGCUGUCCCCGCUGCUCCGGGCACACCGGCCCCUCUCGCUCCCAAACCUGCAUUAAAGGGCUCUUUUGUUUCUGCAUCACCUGUGUCCUCGUGUGUCACCCCUCUGUCCC